AUGGAGGGGACGGAGCGAGAGCGCGAGCGCCUCGCAGCGUCUCCUCCCGCUCGCCCCGCAGCACCCUCGUCUCCAGCGGAAGCGUCCCCGCACGUCGUCGUCGACGUGGUGGACGACGAGGAGACGGUGACUACACCAGCGGCGAACAGCGCGGUGCCGCGGCUUCGGCCUCCGCCUCCGCCGCCGACUCCGACGACGAAGCCAACGUCCGAGGACUCUACGCCGCCUACACCUCGGCCCAAGUCCGAGGGCAAGGCCUCCACCACCGCCUCCACCCCAACGGCAGGCGGCUCGGUGCCGCGGCUUCCGACGCCGACCCCGACCCCGACUCCGACGGGGAAGCAAACGCCGCCGCCGCCGCCUCCACCUUCGCCUUGGACUCCUACAGGGAAGCCCGAGGAGAAGGCCUCCACCACCGCCUCCACCCCCGCUUCGGAUUCCGUGAAGCCCGACGGCAAGGCCCCGCCUCCACCACCGCCUCCAAAUCCGUCAGCGCAUCCACCUCCGCCCCCGCCUCCUCCUCCUCCUCCGCCUCUGGCGCGGACAGGCCCCACGACGCCGACAGCGUCCAAGGUAUCCUCAAGCUCAGCCGGGAAUCCAGUACCCCAUCCAUCCCCAACAAGAUCAGACCUGUCUGAGGACGAUGACACUGAGUUCAGGAAGCGUUGCAUUGAACUGACAAACCAAGAGCAAGUUGUCAAGGACAAAAUAAAGAAGGCGAAGAAACUUAGAAAUGAAAAUGAAAUCAAGAGGCGGGCUGACGAGAUCAAGCUCAUGGAGUGGAGAGAGGAGUUGGACAGACGUGAGGCAAUACUAGCUACAAAGGAGCAAGAGGUCAGAGCGGCGCAAAUGCUUGACCAAGAGAAAAAGCUCAAGUCCCGAGAGGAUGCGCUUAUGGUUCCCUUACUGGAGCAGGAGGUCCAAAGCAAGCAGAACAAGGACGAUGCUGUAUGGGACAAGAGGCAAAAUAUCAUGGCUAUUUCCUUGGCCUGUGGCUUAUCAGUUCUGAUAUCGAUGCAGCCCUUGUUGCCCCCCGAUUACCUCAAAUGGAUAGUUGGUUCGUUUGCCAUUGUCUGGGCGUUAGCAACUAUUGCAUUGCCUGCAGGACUUUUUGGCACGUCCAGGUUUGAGAAGGAUUUCAGCCGGCACAUGAGCCGCAUCACAUUCACGAGCUUCGCAAUGUUUGUCAUCUAUGUCCUAUACAUUCUCUCGCAGUCUCCCGCACCACGCAGCUCUGGGCUUGCCCCCUCACCGCCCCCACAGCUAUUGGAGUCAUGGGUUCCUUCAAUGGGCCCUAAUGCCAUUUUCUACAUUUUGCUUGGAUUUGCCACCUUGAUUGGGCAUAUUGUCUUGUGGAUUUUGGGCUGUGUGAGUGGAGGGGACAAAGACCCCUAGCUGCGGUCACUGGUGAGCUGCUGCCCCCAAGAGGACCAGUUUUUUGUUCAGCAAUUUCUCCAUGCCCAUCUGCCUUUUGUAGGCAGCAACUUAGCCUUCAGUAGAAAAUGACCCAUAGCGUUUGACUUGGACCUUGCGGUUAAUUGUGAGCUGUGUUCAGAGGCAACGUACCCAGUUUUGAUGUAGUACGAGAAUGUUUCAGUGUUUUUUU